AGAAAGGGGAGCGGGCCGGAGCUGUGAGGGGCUCGGAGAAGCUCGAGAGUGGAUUUGGAUCCAGCGCGGAGAAGAUGAACACUCCCGAUCGGCCCACGUGUGGCGCAUGGCAGCCUCAAGGCACCCCGGGAUCACCGGAGAUGUCUGCAAAGAAAAGGGAUAUUAUUUUCUAUUGGAAAUAAUGAAGCGUAAAACCUUGGACAGGAAAGCUAAACCACAUUACAAAAGAGUUGGCGGAUCGUGCUAGCAGCAGCCACAGAGCAGAUUGUCCCAAAUGGUACAUGUGGCAGAGUGACAGAAGAGUAUUUGGAACAGACUGUUCCCAUGUUUCUCAAAGCAGCUUCCGCCAGCAAUCUAGUGCCGGGGAGAUUUUGCAUAAGAUUUGCCUCUUUAUCAAGGUGACAGACUUUGGAAUUGGUCAGCGGCUGGAUGGAGCUGAAGGCAGGAGGAACUGCAGGAGCUGGUUUACAAAAAAAAGGACACAGAGUGCUGGAGGAACUCAGUGGGGUUUAGUUUAGAGAUACAGCGCGGAAACAGGCCCUUCGGCCCACCGAGUCUGUGCCGACCAGCUCACUACCGCUGUCCUACACGCACUGGGGACGAUUUUGCACUUAUACCAAGCCAAUUAACUUACAAAACUGUACGUCUUUGGAGUGUGGGGGGGGGAAAGCGAAGAUCUCGGAGAAAACCCACGCAGUCACGGGGAGAACGUACAAACUCCGUACAGACGGUACCCGUGGUCGGGAUCGAACCCGGGUCUCCGGCGCUGUAAGGCAGCAACCCUACCGCUACACCACCGUGCUGCCCUGCGGGUCUGGCAGCAACCCUGGGGAAACGUGGAUAGGUGACUUGGGGACGGGACCCUCGUUAAGACUGGAUCCGGAGUUCCUCCCGUUGCCCACCGAGUGACGUAAUUUGCCCAGAACAUGGUGGAGCGGAGGCCUCUGAGUCAUCCCAACGACCCAGACUUUACAAUCCUUUCACACUGUGAAUGGGAUUAUAAACGUGGAUCACGAGGGUCACAGGAUCUGGACAUCACGGGUAAAGCCAGCAAUUAUUGUCCAUCCCUAUAUGCUGCUGAGAAGAUGGUGUCUUCAGGCACAAGUGUCACCGUCGACAUAGCUGUGAUGGGUGAAGCUCAUGGACUAAUUACAGAUCUUUUGGCCGAACCUUCCCUGCCUCCCAACGUCAGUACGUCGCUGAGAGCAGUCAGCAACCUUCUCAGCACUCAACUCACCUUCCAGCCCAUCCACAAGCCAAGAAUAAACCCCUUGGUUUCCUUCAGCGAGUCCUAUGUGUGUUCGGAUAGUGAAGAAUGCCAAGGAGAGAAGCUUGCCAUCCCAAAGCGACUGAGGAGGAGCUUGCCGCCAGGCCUCCUGAGACGGAUCUCAUCCACAUGGACAACCACAACAUCUGCCACUGGUCUACCCACUGUGGAGCCGGGCCCCGUCAGGAGGGACCGCAGUCUGAGCAUCAAAGCCACUCACGAGGCUCCUGUAGGCAGUUCCUUUAACACAGAGCCUUACAACUGCUCUCCUUCAGUCCUGUUGACUAUUGCUAAAAGUCGAUCGUUCUCAGCCUCCCAUACGAUUGUCAAUGCCAACCACAUGAAUGGCAAACGGCAAAUUCGACAAGGUUACUCUUCCAAUAUCACACCUCUCACCUCCCCGUCCCACUCGCCGAUCCAGGGGACCCCGACUGGAAGCCCCACCUCCAAAACCUCCGCAGUUGAAUUCCCGGACACCGCGGAUAUAAUGACCAAACCAGGGCGGAACCCACACAAGCCGUUGACCUACACUCAGAGUGCGCCAGAUGUAGCGGGGCAGUUCAGGGGCACCUGUGUCAUCUGCAGUAGUUGUGGUCGGCCUUUCAGUAAGCUGAUGCACUCGGACAGCACAGCGGGAAGAGUGGAGACAACAGGGCACUUACCGAGCCGGGCAGACGACCCCACCCAAGCCACCUCGGACUAUGACAGCACCCACGAGACAAACAACAGCGACAGCAGCGACAUCACGCAGAACGAUGAAGACCAGGACUCCUCAGCCAAAGGCUUGGAGCAGUCCCUCACGGGGUCUGGCUGUGGGAUCUACAGGCCCGAGGACAUCACCUUGCUCCACCUCAUCCCAGCUGAGGAGAAACCAAUCCUUGCCCCAGAACCUCUCCUCAUGGAAGAUCUGGAGAUGACAUUCACACAACUGAACAACUGGAAUUUUCCCAUCUUUGAUCUCAUGGAGAUGACAGGCUCAAAAUGUGGCCGGAUCCUCAGCCAGGUAGCAUUCAAACUGUUUGAAGAUACUGGGCUGUUUGAAAUAUUUAAAAUCCCAUUGAAGGAGUUUAUGAACUACUUUCAUGCAUUAGAAAAUGGCUACAGAGAUAUUCCAUAUCACAAUCGCAUCCAUGCGACGGACGUGUUGCAUGCGGUUUGGUACCUCACCACACAACCGGUCCCAGGACUGCAGACCUGUAUCGGUGAUCAUGGCUCCAUGAGUGAUUCAGAUUCAGACAGUGGGAUCACUCACGGACACAUGGGGUUUGCCAUAUCGAAGACCUACAGUGUGACGGAGGACAGGUACGGCUGUGUGAUCGCCAAUGUCCCUGCCCUGGAGCUGAUGGCCCUCUAUGUCGCUGCCGCCAUGCAUGAUUACGACCACCCAGGAAGGACCAAUGCCUUUCUCGUGGCUACCAGUGCACCACAGGCCGUUCUAUACAACGACCGCUCGGUGCUGGAGAACCAUCACGCUGCCUCAGCCUGGAACCUGUUCAUGUCGCAACAAGAGUACAACUUCCUGGUCAACUUGGAUCACGUCGAAUUCAAGCGGUUCCGGUUUCUUGUCAUUGAGGCCAUAUUGGCCACGGAUCUUAAGAAACACUUUGACUUUCUCGCAGAGUUCAAUGCCAAGGUGAAUGAGGAGGUGGGGCCAGGCAUUGACUGGGCAAAUGAAAACGAUCGUUUGUUGGUUUGUCAAAUGUGCAUUAAACUCGCUGACAUCAAUGGGCCCGCCAAAUGCAAGGAGCUUCAUUUGAAAUGGACGGAAGGCAUAGUCAAUGAGUUUUACGAACAGGGUGACGAGGAGUCCAGUCUGGGGCUCCCCAUCAGUCCGUUCAUGGACCGCUCAGCACCGCAGCUGGCAAAGCUGCAGGAGUCCUUCAUCACCCACAUUGUGGGGCCCCUGUGCAACUCGUACAACUCGGCGGGGUUAAUACCGGGGAGAUGGGUGGAGGAGACCGACGGAGAGGAAGAAGACGACGAGGAUGCGGAGACGACAGAAGAGGAAGGAGCAUUGGAAACAACCUCAAGAACAGGACGGGCGCGAUGCGGGAAGCAGGGCAAGGUCUUCUGCCAGAUCAUGCAGCACCUGAUGGACAACCACGAGAUGUGGAAGAAGGUGAUUGAGGAGGAGCAAGAGGAGCGGAGGAAAGUGGAGCCGGAGAGCCCGGACCAGUCCUCGUUGCUGCAGAGCUCAGAGACAAUCCAAGCCAUCACUGAGGAGGAGGAGGAGGAGAAGGAAGAGAAGAAUAGUGAAGGAUCACAACGGAAGUCUGUGCCACUCAGUUCAAUCACAACCCUAACCCAGGACACUUUAGAAGGCGAUAAAAAUGAUUGACCUGCGGUGCUGACUUUUAUUUUAUUUUUGUUCCCAGCACACUCUGACACAAUACUGUAGAUGUGUAGGACAAGGUGCCUACAGCUGUGAUGACAUUAUACAGAGCCGCAGCCAAGACUGAAUGAACACUCUGACGGAGGAAGCCUCUGUAAUGCAUCACCCGCUGAUUUAGACUGUAAACACACAAUUGCUAUCAGUACAAUUCCGGUGCACUUUCUCAUUGAGCUGUCUUGUUUAAUAUUGCUUGAUACACACGUAUGUAACAAACAAAAACACGCAACAACUGUGAGUAUCAAAUGAGGGAUGACUUACUUGUGAAGCGUAGGCUUUGCAAAAAACAUCGCUGUGGUGUUACAUCCGUAACCUUUGCUCUACUUCUGAGCGAAAGUCGAUAGCUUUAUCAGUAUUCUGAUACAGCCUGACGAUAUAUAUUUUUUUGUGUAUAUAACCUUAUAGCUCAUUAGCUUUGUAUAGGCAACCUCUCGAAGCGUUGCUGCAGUACUUGUACAUUGCCAAAACACCUUGAACAAAUGUUUUAGAAAAAGCCUGGCAGACACACGAUGGGCUCAUGUUCACUUUAUAAAGAGUACCUACUACAAGCCAAACUCCUAGUCAAGAAUUUAUAUCCAUUUUGAAUAUUUUUACUGUUUAUUUACAUUCAAUAAUAAUUAUUUGAAGAAGACGACAGGUUAUUUGUAGAUACAAAGAACGUUUUCUAAUGGCUUUUUGUAUAUAGCGAGCUCUUAAACCAGUUUUUUUUGUGAUUUUGUAAAGAUGACUAUGAAAAGUUCACACUUAAAAAUACAUUCUUGUGAUACUGUC